AUGAACUACAUAAAUGGUAGCUUGCCUACAAAGCUUCCAGUGUUUGAUGGAAAUAAUUGGAAUCAGUGGCCGAUUCAGAUGCGUGUGUUGUUUGGCGCUCAAGAUGUUCUUGAUCUUGUCAAUGACGGUUAUGUGGAUGCAAACAUGUUUGAGAAAAUCGUUGAUUCAACGACAGUGAAGGUUGUGUGGGGCACACUGGUACGGUGCUACGACGAUGAUGCAACAAUGAAGAAGAUGAAAUCUUAUGGAGAAACUUUAUCAGAACAAGUAAUCAUUGUGAAGGUAAUGGGAUCUCUUACUCCUCAAAUUGAUUACAUUGUUGUAGCAAUUAAAAAUUCUAAAGACCUCAACAUCAUGAGGAUUGAAGAGUUUCAUAUCAGUCUAGAGGCACAAGAGUUACGUCUGAUUGAGAGAACCUCUGAAAGAGAGGUAGAGCAGGCUCUGAAGGCGUCUUCUAAGAAAGAGAGUAAGGAGCAGUCUUGGUCAGAAGUCAAGAAAAGACAUGGUGGUGGUUUUCAUAAGUCACAAGCCUCCAAUUCUAAUGAGAAGAAAUAUCAUAAGGGAAAUGAGAAGUUUGACAAGAAGAAGCAAACAUAG